GCGAGGACGCGCUGCUGGAAGGACGGGGCGGCUUGGGGUGGACACGGCUGGGAAGAUUUUCAUCCCCGGACCAAAAUCUUCGCCGGCAGCCCCCAGACGGCGAAAAAAAUAAGGACGGUCCAUCAUCACUUCACGCCUGCCAUGGCUGUGAGCCCGUGACCUGUACCCGCAUCAAUGGCGCGUAACUAGCUAGAGUAGUGCUAGAAUUGAACAGGGGAUUGUGCCAUGCCGGUUUAUAUUUGGGGAGGAGGAAGCUUCGUGGAAGUUGCAGCCUCAAGAUCACAUCGCAUCAUGUCAUCUAUCCAUGCAGGUAAUAAAAAGAUGGUUUAGUUUCUGUGGAACGUACUAGCUCGAACGUAGUAGCUUCCCGGAAGUUGCUAGCUUGGCAAUGCAUAUAAGCGCCGCCACCGCCCGGCCGGCCACUCUCUCACACCGUAGCUAGCAUCCAGGAGAGGUCGAGGAACGAGGGUCCGUCGCCGCGAGUGUGUCUCCAAGCAGAGGCCGCCGGCCGGCUCUGCUCCGGUCAUCUGCAACUACGAUCUUGGACGGCGGCAUACUAGUCCGACGGUGCACCGGGGCCCGGGGGCCCUGCGCGCGCGGCUGCACACAUCACACAGUGGCGGAGGAGCGUGACGAGCAACUAAUAGGGGCAAAUAUUUUGGUCAGCGAUACAGAAAAAAAACAAAUAAGUAUAAACAAUUAAAUAUACACAUGAACUAUAUAUCUGGAUUUAUCAUGCAUGCAUGUAAAGUACUUGAUGGAACAAGUACUUUUUCUUCAUCAAUCCAUUUACAGUAUGUAGUAUUAAAUAAACAAAUCAACUCUAGCCGUGAUUUCAGUUUCCUACAUUGGACAAGUGAAGUGCGGUAGCUGCUCACUGACACAAUGGAACUAGUUGACAUUGGGCGCCCAUCUUGGCCGAUCCUCUUCCAAGGCAACAGGCGGAGAUUAAAGUUCACUCAACAUAUGUAGAUUAUGGCACCAUAGACUUUCAAGCACUCUUAGAAGGACCCCAUGAUUUGGAUAGAUGGCUGAAAGGUGCAUUCAUUCCGACUUAUAUAAAGGAGGUGGAUUUAACUCAUGAGGCAAGAUUUUCGCACAUCCAAAACUAAAAACUUGCAAAACAAAUGAAUGUGGCAAAUGGCAUUGAAAAUCUGUUUCAUCAUUGCAGAUUGAAUGUAACAUUUAUUCACAAACUAGUGAUCAUGGCAUGACAAUACAAACACCUAUGCCUGCUCCACCGGAGGCGUUGCCUAAGAAAGAGGAGGCCCCUGCCACCACGACUCUCAACGGCGGAGGAGAAGAGGAGGAGACGAAAGAGGCAGGAGGGGCCAUGUACCCGCCGCCUUGUCACCGAAGAAGUAGGAGGCUUGCGGCCACCGCCACACUGCCGGAGGAGGGGACCUGCGAUCUACUAGAUUACGUACCAAAAAGUGGUUGGAGGCAUGGAAGUCGUGUGAGAAGUGCACGGGAGAGAGGAAGAUGGUCGAUAAACAUGGAACCAUGCCAAAAACGUGGGCGCGGAAGAAACAAUGACCAUUGGACAUCUGAAGAGGUGAAAAAACUAGUGGAUGGCAUAUCUGCAUAUGGGGCUAGCCAAUGGGCUAAGUUGAAGAACGAAAGGUUUCCAAUAUCAGUUCGAACGGCAGAGCAUCUUAAGGAUAAUUGGAGAAACCUAGUGAAAGCCUUCACGGGAAAUGUGAAAAGAAGGAUAUCACCUCGUCUAGAUGGGGAUUGUGUUGAAAAGAUCAAGAGGCUAGCAGCUGAUUACCCUCGAAAAUGAAGCUGCACACGCGAAUGCUACAAGAAACGGCAUAUGGUACUUCUGGUGUAGCAAUGGCCCAGCAACAAUAGUUCUGUUGUUUUUCAAGAACUGCUAAGCAUAGGCUGUCAUAUUAAGUGUGUCGAGACUAGAGAGUAGAUUGGACCAUCUGGAUGGAGCAGUAUCUCCUGCCUAACUGCCCUGUGAAUGGGAAUAGCACUCGCUCCUCCGACCUGCUGGCUUGCCGGUUUUGCUACAGUGCUGUAAUUAGCUUGACCUUUCAUUUAACACCAUGGCACAGUGUGCUGUGAUUUUACACACACUGCUUCAAGCAGUCUCACUCAGUCCGCUCGAGGAAUAAUGCAGUUGAUAGCUCGAAUCGAGCACCUGUGACACGCCUCGACCUGAAGAAGUUUGGUGCCGCUGCCAAGCAGCAGGUUUCUUCACCACUCUGCUUGUACCUUCAGGCCAGCCAGCAGGCUGAGUACGUAGUAGCUAGGAUAGUUUCUUUCUUGCUGCUGUAUGGUGUUGUUUGUUGUGGAUCCUGGGAAUAAUUUUGGUUGAUGACAAUAUCCUGUCACUCACUCAACCGGUCUGAUUGUUUGCACUGAUACUCUCUUGCGUUUCAUUCAUUCUGUAAAAAUUGGAGCCAGGAUUCGGCCCUCUUGAUCUUCUCUAGAAAGGAAUUCAGUCUGCACCCUUGAAGAUUUUAAUAGACGUUCAGGUCAUUAUCGAGCUUAAUUAGAAACUGAUACCAUAAAAGGUUUAUAGUUCAGCAGUUACUUUAAAGUUUUAUUUAUGGUGCAGAAACAACACAUUUGUU